AUGAGCAGCUCAACGGCUCCUCUCCUCCUCGCUCUGCUGUUGGCUUUCGUGGCUCGAGGCCACGCCGACCUAUACGGCAACCCCACGCCGCCGGCUCAACCGCCGUCGAGAGUGGCCGGAAAGAAGUUCCCCCCGGACGAGUUCAUCUGCAACAGCCCCAACAGCGACUGCUUCGGCGCCAACAUCACCUGCCCCGAUCAGUGCCCGUCCUUCCGGCCGGCCAACCCCAAUGAGAAGGCUUGCUUCAUCGACUGCAACAAUCCCACCUGCGAGGCUGUCUGUGGAACCAGGAAGCCGGACUGCAACCUGCCUGGUUCAGGGUGCAAGGACCCGAGGUUCGUCGGCGGCGAUGGCAUCGUGUUCUACUUCCGCGGCAAGGCGAACCAGCACUUCACGCUCGUCUCCGACGCCGGCUUCCAAAUCAAUGCCCGCUUCAUCGGCCUCCGCCCCGCCGGCCGCCGACACGACUACACGUGGAUCCAGUCCCUCGGCAUCCUCUUCGGCAAGCACACCGUCACCGUCUCCGCCACCCCCGCUGCCGCCUGGGACCGCAGCGCCGACCACCUCUCCUUCGCCUUCGACGGCGAGCCCUUCGACCUGGGCAUCGGCCACCUCUCCUCCUGGUCCUCGCCUGCCGCAGGCGACCUCCUCGUGGAGCGCACCGCCUCCGUCAACAGCGUGAUCGUGGUCCUCCCCGGGACGUUCGAGAUCAGGGCGACGGUCGUCCCCGUGACAAAAGAGGACGACAGGAUCCACAAGUACAACGUUCCCGCCGACGACUGCUUCGCCCACUUGGACGUGCAGUUCAAGUUCUUUGGGCUGUCGGAGCGGGUGGAGGGCGUGCUGGGGCAGACUUACCAGCCCAACUUCCAGAAUCCGGUGAAGAGGGGGGUGCCGAUGCCGAUCAUGGGCGGCGAGGACCGCUACUUCACCUCCUCUCUGCUGGCCACCGACUGCAAGCGCUGCAUCUUCUCGUCGGAGGUGCCGGCGGCGCCUGAGGUGGUCGACGCUUCUGCUGCUUCCUUCGACUGCACCAGCAAGAUGAGCCAUGGAUAUGGGAUAGUCUGCAGGAGGUGAGAGCGUGAGAUCAUACGAGGAAGAAGAGAGGAGGAGACACUGAAGGACGGAGAAGGGGGUUUAGUAUGAAUAAGGUGGCAUGGUGUUGCUGUUGACAGCAGUAGCAGCAGCAGCAGCUCAUGCAGCAUAGAAUCUUAGUCUACAUAAAAAGAUUGAUCAGUAUUAUGUGAUGAUACCAAGUGUGUAAGCAUUAUCUAUUAUGUUUGAGAAUUGUGAGGUAUGAUGUGGAGCAACUGCUCCUGUACUUUGCUAUUGAUUAAUAAAGUGUUUAAGGACCUAA